AUGGUAGAAUUUUGCUGUAAUGUCUCGACACUGUGCCGUAACAGGAUAUUGUUUCCAUUUCCAACUGAGAAGAAGGAUUGUAUGAUGGGGAAAAUCUGGCUACAGAUGAUAAAUCGUAUGGAUGCAGUAAAAAGAAACAAGUUGUGGUCUCGAGGAAAGUCUUCUAGAGUAUGUUCCAAACACUUUGUUUCACAAAGUCCUACUGAUAGUCACCCAUUUCCAUCAUUGCAUAUGGGUUACAAUUGUAAGCAAAAAGCUGAGACAGUUAUGCGUCAGAUAAAAUCUUCACAUAAAAUGGAGUCUCCUUUACAAGUUGCUGUUUCCACAUUAAAAAAUGCAAAGGAGAAAUACUUAUUUUUACCUGUUCAAAAUGCAACGUCACAACAUAAACAGGAAAAGUUACUGUUGCAGCUGACUGUUAAAGCUCUUCUUAACAAAGUCAACAUUCUCAACAGGCUUAAUAAACAGCUGGAAGAGAAAGUAAAAAGCUGUACAUGCAAUAAACCUGUUAAUGAGCUGCUAUUAAAUUCCGAUGAAGAUGUUAUGUUUUAUACUGGAAUUACUUCCAGAAUAUUAUACGAUAAACUAUGUUCAUAUAUUACACCAUAUGUCAAACGUAAAUGGAGAGGACUUAAAGAAACCAAUAUUACCCUAGUUAGAAAAUAUAAAAGGACACCAAAUAAAUCUGGUCCUAAAUCAAAGUUAUGUGUCAAAGAUGAGUUCCUGUUAAUGCUAAUGAAAAUUAGGCUUGGAUUAUUAGGGCAAGAUUUAGCUCAAAGAUUUGGUAUUUCUACUAUAUCUAGUCGCAUAUUUGCAACUUGGGUAAAAGCAACAGCAAGUGUAUUGAAAUCAUUUGUUUACUUUCCUGAUUAUGGACAUAUUGCUGCUACAAGACCACCAAGAUUCAGAGAUGUUCAAAAUCUUCAUUCAAUAGCUGAUGGUACUGAAAUAUUCAUUCGGACCCCCAAAAAUCAUAUAGCACAACGGCAAACCUGGUAUAGUUACAAGCACCAUAACACUGAUAAAAUAUUGGUUGUAGUUUUACCUAAUUCUCAUAUAGCAUUUAUAUCCAAAGCAUAUAGUGCUUGCAUUUCUGACAAAGAAUUAACAAUACAAUCUGGAUACUUAGACUUUGUUGAACCAUAUACAGAUGUAAUGGUUGAUAAAGGAUUCAAUAUUGCCGAUGAAUGUGCAGCUCGCUGUAUCAAUAUAAUUGUUCCACCAGAUGACAUGAUUAUAAUUUGUGCAGCCUUAUGUAACUUCAAAAAGCUGAUAUAUGGAAAAAUUUAUUUACAAUUUGAACAAAACCACUCUUCAUCUUUAGGUGGAAUAUUUUCUGAUUUUAUUUAA